AUGGAGAAACUAGAGAAAUUUGAAGAAAUGAAGAGAAGAAUUAAUUCAUUAGAGACGUGGUUUCAAUCACAAGAUUCAAGAGACAGAGAAGAUGAUCUGAGGAUUGUGCUGCUGGGAAAAACUGGAGCUGGGAAGAGUUCAACUGGAAACACCAUCUUAGGAAGAGAAGCAUUUAAAUCAGACUUUUCUCACACAUCUGUUACUAAAGACUGUCAGAAAGAGACAGAUGAAAUCAGCAGCAGACACAUCACUGUGAUCGACACUCCAGGACUGUUUGAUACUGAACUCAGUAAUGAAGAAAUCCAGAGAGAAAUCAGCAACUGCAUCUCUAUGAUCCUGCCUGGACCACAUGUGUUUCUCUUACUGAUUCCACUGGGACGAUUCACUCAAGAAGAACAAACAGCAGUGAAGAUCAUCCAAGAAUCUUUUGGAGAAAACUCUUUAAAGUACACCAUAGUGCUAUUUACCAAUGGAGACAAACUGAAGAACAAAUCCAUUGAUCAGUUUUUGGGAGAACCUGGAUCUGCCCUUAAAAACCUGAUGGAAGCGUGUGGAAACAGAUUCCAUGUGUUCAAUAAUGAGACUGGAGACCGAACACAGGUGACUGAUCUACUGCAGAAGAUAGACAACAUGGUGAAAACAAACGGAGGGAGUUACUACUCGUGUAAGAUGUUCAGAGAGAUGGAGAGAGAAAUACAAGAACAACAGAUGAAGAUCCUGAUGGAGAGAGUGGAGCAAGUGAACAGAGAAAAAGAAGAACUGAUGAACAAACAUGAAGAAGAGAAAAAGAGGAUGAAGAUGGAGAUGGAGGAAGAACAACAAAAUCAUGGCAAAGAGAGAAAGAGAAGAGAAGAAGAAUUUAUUGAGAGAGAAGAACGAUAUAGAAGAGACGUUAAAGACAUCGAGGAACAAGAGAGAAAGAUACGAGAGGAGCUGAAGAGAGAACAAGAGGAAUGGGAGAAACAGAGACAACAGGAACGACAAAGAAGAGAAGAAGAGGAGGAGAAAUGGAGAAAGAGAGAAGAGGAAAUGUGGGAUGAAUAUAAUCAGAGACUUAAAAAGAUACGAGAGGAGCUGAAGAGAGAACGAGAGGAAUGGGAGAAACAGAAACAACAGGAACGACAAAGAAGAGACGAAGAGGUGGAGAAAUGGAGAAAGAGAGAACAGGAAAUGUGGGAUGAAUAUUAUGAGAAACUUAAACAAGAGAUAGAGAGAAUGAACAUGAAGAUGGAGGAAGAAAGAGAGAAUCAUGAUAAAGAGAGAAAAAGAAGAGGAAUUUAAGAGGAGAACAAUAUAAAAUAGACAUUAAAGAAUGAAGACGAGAGAUUUUAUAUUAAUUUUAAA